UGGAGCGUAUGCAUGGGAGGAUUCUGGAGCCACUGCUAGUACCUGCCGUGUGUGCUUUGGAGAGACGGACACCGGGCGGGCUGUCAGGUCCGGGAUCCACAAGAGCCUCUCCUGAAGGAGGAAGUGACUGUGGUUAGAGAGGCUUCCUGUGGGAAGAGCUUUGUGUCUCGGCAGAGAAGGUUGGAGCACGAGGAUGAUGGAUCGGUAUAAGAUCCCACGCACCAAAGAGCUGGAGUUUGGAGGGCCCCUGGGAGCCAUGAUCCUCCUCUUUCUCAUGCCAACUACUGUCUUCUAUCUUCUGCUGACAUGUCGCACUGAGCAAGCCAGCGUGCUGAACUUCCCGCCCCCGCUGCCACCCCUGAGCACCCUCUGGAGCCCCCACACCUUCCUGCUGCUCCUGGCUUGGGUGGGACUCCAGGCUGCCCUCUACAUGCUGCCUAUGGGAAAGGUCACAGAAGGGAUCGUCCUUCGAGACAAGAGCCGGCUCCAGUAUCGCAUUAAUGCUUUCCAUGCGAUGGGGGUCACAGCCCUGGUGGUGGGGGCUGGAUUGGCAGCCGGGUUGCGCCUCAGCUACAUCUAUGACCACUUCCUGCAAUUGGCUUUCUCGGCCUUGCUGCUGGCCUUCGGCCUCAGCUUCCUCCUCUACUUCAAGUCCCUCUUUGCCCCAGAGACAACACUGGCUCCAGGCGGGAACUCAGGGAAUCCUAUCUAUGACUUCUUCAUGGGCCAUGAGCUGAACCCACGCAUCGGCUCCUUCGACCUGAAGUAUUUCUGUGAGCUGCGGCCAGGCCUCCUCGGCUGGGCACUGGUGAACAUGGCCAUGCUGAUGAAAGAGACUGAGCUGCGGGGCAGCCCCUCGCUGGCUAUGCUCCUGGUCAAUGCCUUCCAGCUGCUGUAUGUGGUGGAUGCACUUUGGAAUGAGGAGGCCAUCCUCACCACCAUGGACAUCGUACACGAUGGGUUUGGCUUCAUGUUGGCCUUUGGGGACCUGGCCUGGGUGCCCUUCACUUACAGCCUGCAGGCCUACUUCCUGGUCAACCACCCCCAGAAGCUGAGCCUGCCCAUGGCUGUCGGGAUCCUCUUGCUCAAUGGUCUGGGCUACUGCAUCUUCCGCAGCGCCAAUUCCCAGAAGAACACUUUCCGCAGGAACCCCAACGACCCUAGAGUAACUGGUCUCAAAACCAUCCCCACAGCCACGGGCCGGCGUCUCCUGGUGUCUGGGUGGUGGGGGUUUGUGCGCCACCCCAACUAUCUGGGGGAUCUCAUCAUGGCUCUGGCCUGGUCGCUGCCCUGUGGCCUGACACACGUCCUGCCCUACUUCUACGUCUUCUACUUCACUGUGCUGCUGAUUCACCGGGAGGCUCGGGAUGAGCACCAGUGCCUGCGGAAAUACGGGCUCGCCUGGCAGGAGUACUGCCGGCGAGUUCCCUACAGGAUCUUCCCUUACCUUUACUGAGAUGUGGCCCAGCACACCAUGCCCCAUGCAGACCCAGGCACGACAGCUCACAUCUGCCCACCACUGCUCCAAAGGCUGGC